UGCGCAUGCGCCUGACUAAAUCCUUUUUCGCGGGAACAAGGAUACGUGGGACACCUGCACAAGCAUUGGAUUUUUGUCCUGCAACGUCUGAAAGCUACCACGCAGACACCUGCAGGACUCUCUCUCCCAGAAGCAGGCUACGAGCCAAGGGGAAGGCAGAGGACAGAAAUGAAUGUGUUCCCAAGCUUUCCUGGUGGUUUAUUGAAUUCUCCAAACUCCUAUGCAAGGGUUAUUCCUGACGGAGAAGACCAAAGGAGACCAUCCCUGAAAUCAAGUCCAGAUGAAGAACUAAGAGGAAAAAAGUGAAUAUGGUUUUUGCUCACAGAAUGGAUAACAGCAAGCCGCCUUUGGUCAUCCCCACGCUCCUGGUGCCCCUCCAAAACCACAGCUGCACCGAAACAGCCACACCUCUGCCAAGCCGUGACCUGACAGACUUACAUGGGGAGCAUGGCUGGAUGAGCAACAGAACGGACCUGCAGUACGGACUGAGACCCGGGGAAGUGGCCACAGCCAGCAUUUUCUUCGGGGCCCUGUGGCUGUUCUCUGUAUUUGGCAACUCCCUGGUUUGUCUGGUCAUCCACCGGAGUAGGAGGACACAGUCCACCACCAACUACUUUGUGGUCUCCAUGGCAUGUGCUGAUCUUCUCGUCAGCGUCGCCAGUACGCCUUUCGUCCUGCUUCAGUUCGCCACGGGGAGGUGGACACUUGGCAGUGUGAUGUGUAAGCUGGUGCGGUAUUUUCAGUAUCUCACCCCAGGCGUCCAGAUCUACGUCCUCCUCUCCAUCUGCAUAGACCGGUUCUACACCAUUGUCUAUCCCCUGAGCUUCAAGGUGUCCAGAGAAAAAGCCAAGAAAAUGAUUGCCGCGUCGUGGGUCUUCAAUGCAGCCUUCGUGACCCCCGUGUUCUUUUUCUAUGGCUCCCACUGGGACAGUCAUUGCAAUUACUUCCUCCCUGCCUCUUGGGAAGGAACUGCCUACACUGUCAUCCAUUUCUUGGUGAGCUUUGUGAUUCCUUCUGUCCUCAUCAUCUUAUUUUACCAGAAGGUCGUGAAGUAUAUCUGGAGAAUAGGCACCGAUGGUCGGACAGUGCGGAGGACGAUGAACAUUGUCCCGAGGACAAAAGUGAAAACUAUCAAGAUGUUCCUCAUUUUAAAUCUAUUGUUCCUGCUCUCCUGGCUACCUUUUCAUGUGGCUCAGCUGUGGCACCCCCCCGAACGGGACUCUAAGAAAAGUUCUCUUGUUUUCACAGCUAUCACAUGGAUAUCUUUUAGUUCUUCAGCCUCUAAACCUACGCUCUAUUCCAUUUAUAAUGCCAAUUUUAGGAGAGGAAUGAAAGAAACUUUUUGCAUGUCCUCAAUGAAGUGUUACCGAAGCAAUGCCUAUACUAUCACAACCAGUUCAAGGAUGGCCAAAAAAAACUACGUUGGCAUUUCAGAAAUUCCUCCCACGGCCAAAACUAUAACCAAAGACUCAAUCUAUGAUUCAUUUGACAGAGAAGCCAAGGAAAAAAAGCUUGCUUGGCCCAUUAAUUCAAAUCCACCAAAUACUUUUGUCUAAUUUCGCAGAGUUCUUUCAAUUAUUGUUAUGUUGCCAGAGAUUAAAAAGCUUUAACUCUAAAAA